AUGUCAACUGAGACAGAACUUCAAGUGGCUGUUAAAACCAGCACAAAGAAAGAGUCUAAAAAGAAAGGUCAGGAUCGCAGUGAAGCAACUUUAAUAAAGAGGUUUAAAGGUGACGGUGUACGAUACAAAGCAAAACUCAUUGGGAUAGAUGAAGUCUCUGCAGCACGAGGUGAUAAGUUAUGUCAAGAUUCCAUGAUGAAAUUAAAGGGAAUUGUUGCUGCAUCUCGUUCAAAAGGUGAACAUAAACAGAAAAUAUUUCUAACCAUCUCCUUUGGAGGAAUAAAGAUCUUCGAUGAGAAGACAGGACUACUACAACACCAUCAUGCAGUACAUGAAAUUUCAUACAUCGCAAAGGAUAUCACAGACCAUCGGGCCUUUGGAUACGUAUGUGGAAAGGAAGGGAAUCAUAGAUUUGUGGCAAUAAAAACAGCCCAGGCAGCAGAACCUGUGAUUUUGGAUUUGCGAGACCUCUUCCAACUUAUUUAUGAGUUGAAACAAAGAGAAGAACUGGAAAAGAAGGCACAAAAAGAUAAACAAUGUGAACAAGCAGUAUAUCAGACAAUUUUGGAAGAAGAUGUAGAGGAUCCUGUUUAUCAGUACAUUGUGUUUGAGGCUGGACAUGAGCCAAUUCGUGAGCCUGAAACAGAAGAAAACAUUUAUCAGGUUCCUACUAGCCAAAAGAAAGAAGGUGUUUAUGAUGUGCCAAAAAGUCAACCUAUAAGUCUGGAGAAUGGAAACCUGUUGUUGGACAUAGAGGAAAAUCUUGGUAGAAUCACUCAGGCUGUUCCCCAACUAGAACUGUUUGGGGAUAUGUCCACUCCUCCAGAUAUAACCUCUCCCCCUACCCCUGCAACUCCAGGUGAUGCCUUUAUCCCAUCUUCAUCCCAGUCACUUCCUGCUGGUACAGAGGUAUUUAGUUCUGUACCUUACAGCACUGCUGCUGUACCCUCAGGUUAUGUUGCAAUGGGAGCUGUCCUGCCUUCCUUCUGGGGACAGCAACCACUUGUUCAACAACAACUGGCCAUGGGUGCUCAGCCUCCAGUUGCUCAGGUGAUGCAAGGAGGACAGUCAAUUGCAUGGGGACAACCUGGGAUGUUUCCUCCCACCCAGCAACCAUGGCCAUCUGUAGCUGGUCAGUUUCAGCCUGCUGCCUUCAUGCCAACACAAACUGUUUUGCCUUUACAAGCAGCCAUGUUUCAAGGUACCAUUGUUCCCACUGCUACUGUUCCACCUACCAGUGAUUCCACUAGAUCAAGUCCACAGACAGAUAGCCCAAGGCAGCAAGCUGGAAAAGAAAUGUUUAAAGAUUUCCAGAUGGCUCAGGCACCUCCAGUACCAUCACGAAAACCAGAUCAGCCUUCCCUCAGUUGUACCUCAGAGGCCUUCUCCAGUUACUUUAACAAAGUUGGAAUGGCACAGGAAGCAGAUGAUUGUGAUGACUUUGAUAUUUCUCAGUUAAAUCUGACUCCUGUGACGUCUACAACACCAUCAACAAAUUCACCCCCAACUCCUGCUCCUAGACAGAGUUCUCCAUCUAAAUCCUCGGCAUCUCAUACCAGUGACGCUGCUGCAGAUGACCUCUUUGAAGAGGGCUUCGAAAGCCCAAGCAAAAGUGAAGAGCAAGAAGCACCUGAUGGAUCUCAGGCCUCAUCCAACAGUGAUCCAUUUGGUGAACCUAUUGGUGAUACUGUAAGUCCACAGGGCGAUAGCUAG